AUGGCUUCCCAGCCCAAGGUUCCCCGCUAUGACGGCGAAGCAACUGAUCUUCCGCUUGAAGUUGAUCACGAUAUCUUGGAGAGCGUGGACUCUGUCCAAGAAGCUAUUGACAGCCUAAACAAAAAGGCUAGCGUCGAAAUUCUCAAAGUUGAGCAGAAGUUCAAUAAGUUACGCAAGCCACACUACGAACAUCGUGCCGAACUGUUGGCCAAGAUACCUCAUUUUUGGCUAACAGUGUUCAAGAAUCACCUACAGUUGCGGAAACUUAUUACUGAGGAGGACGAGAAGGUCUUGGCCCUUCUGAAAGCGGUUGAAGUUCAAGAAUUCGAAGAUAUUACGUCUGGCUAUAGGAUCAAUUUCUACUUUGAAGAAAACGAUUGGUUUAAGAACGAGUGUAUCACAAAGGAAUACCACGUUGGCGACAAGGGGGAGCCAACGGCCACUUCAACAAAGAUCGAGUGGAAACCUGACAUGGACCUUACCGAGAUUAAAGGCAACGGAAAGGACGAUCAAAAAAGGGAAUAUCCCCAGCAGUCCAGCUUCUUUUGCUGGUUCACAGAUGAUUGUGAUGCUGUCGGUGAUGUUAUCGGCGAAAGCAUUAAGGAUGAACUUUGGCCUAAUCCCUUGCAGUUCUACCUUACCCCGGACACUGACUCAGACGAAAGUGGGGAUGAUCUUCUAGAUGAAGAAGAUGACGAAGAGGAGGAAGAAGAUGAGGAUGAAGAUGGCCAAGAGCUAGCCUACGAUGAAACCGGGGAAGAGGACCCGAAGUCUUCGUAA